AAAUAUAUUAACAUAAAUGAAUAGCAACAGAGAUCCUCAAAUACAGAGAGAGAGGCGAGAGCUCAAAAAUCCACUCUGUUCUGUUCUGCUCUGGGAUGUUCAGAAUCUGCCGUAGGCCCAUAGUAGCAUUAUACAUCCUGGAGAGUUCCAGAUAUUAUCUGUCUCUCUCUCUCUCUUGCCGUCCUUUUCUCCGGCUAAUCCAUUCAUAGGAACUAACAGGCACCAUCUCCCUCCGACGAUUACAAACUGGGGGUUUGACUUUGCGUGACAGUGCUCAGUUUCUCCGACAUCAAUGUCAGUUCGAAAAAAAUUGUUCGGUUUUAUUAAUGAGAUAUUUAGAGUCAAAUCCUCUCCUUAAAAAAGGGAUUCUUUCUGUUAUAUCGCGGAAGUCGAGGCAGUCUGGGAGAUCCUCUACGGAUCAUACGCGUUGAAGACGUUACUGGGGGAAAAGUGCUCGUAUUUGGCGUGGCGGAAAAUGUUUCCUUCCUUUUUUUUUUUUUUUUUAAGGAGGUAAAAUGAUUUUCCGGGAUAGCAGAUGGAAAAGGAAACGAGGAAUAUGGAUGCGAGAUUAUAUGCGAUAACUAAGGACAGAAUUCCAUUAAUUAGGGUACCGUUUGUUGCUCACCUCUCUUUUAUCAACUAGAAUUAAUUGCAGAGAGGGUUCACCUUCCCCUUCUUUCCCCAGUUGUUAGUUGACCCUUUUAUCAGGAUUUCCUGGAUAAAACUAAAUAAGCUCUGCUGGCUACAUACGUGGAUACUCUUUGUUCCCCUUCUUCUCGCAGGCUUCGGCUUUAAUACAUUAUUCAGUUUAAUUAAACCAUGGAAUGCUGCUUUCUCGGUUUCUCUACCACCUAAGAUCUCUCUCUCUCUCUCUCUCUCUCUCUCUCUCUGCCUAUUUGCGAUCUGAGAGAAUUUCACACAGCGUCUUUCUUUGUCGCUGAUUUGUUGCCUUGAUGGUAUUAUUUAGUUUUUUUUUUUUUUUUUUUCCUGAUUUUCGAGCUGUCUUGUUUCUGGGUGCAGUGAGAAAUUUAGGAAGUUUGUCUUUUCAGAUGUGAUAAAGAGUUCGAUUGUUCCUCAUAGCGCUGAUCGUAAAGUAUUCCCACUAUUCUCGACUUGCCAGGACCACUGAAAAUCAGUUGAUUCAGAGCAUAUGAAAACAAUAUUUGGCUGGUAGUUUGUUACAUUGCAGUGAAUCAGUGAGGGUGGUUUAGUUGCAUUCACCUCUAUCCGAAUUGUUGUAAGCUCAAAAUCUCACGCACAAUUGCUUCAGAAUUUUCACCCAUCUUUCCCAGUACCUGUAAACAUGAAACUUGAUAGUGAACCAGGGUUCUGCCAUUCAACUCUUGGCCAUAAGCCUGAUUCUAAACCUUUUGACUACAAUGACAUUGCUCUGGAUUCUGCUCUGAAGUCCCAAAACCUAAUCAUGACAGAAAAUCAGAGGAGGCUCUUGUGUGACUUAAAGGGCAAUGAGAAGGAUGCAGUACCAUUCGCGAAUGCUACAAAUGACGGAGAUGGUUGGACUGCCAUAAAGUUUGAUUGUUCUAUGAGCAUGGAUGAUAUAAACAAUAAAGAUAAAGACGAGGCCAAAGAUUUUGUUGCAUCACAUGAUCAAUCUUCCCAAAAAACAGAAUCAUUUGACAAGGAUUUGCAUUUUGUUAUGGACAAAGGUCUUAUGGAAUGUGAACUGCCAGAGUUGACAGUUUGCUACAAAGAGAGUACUUACCAUGUUGUCAAAGACAUCUGCGUUGAUGAAGGUGUGCCUUCCCGGGAGAAGAUCCUGUUUGAGAGCGGUAGAGAUAAGAAAACUGUGUGCAUUGUUCUGCCACCUGAUAAGGAUCAAAACAAAGAAUUGGCAAAAGAAAAAGAAGAUAUUGAUAUUUCUGGUCCAGAUGGAUUAAAAUUAUCGGCAGAAAAUGAUUCUAACAAGGAUUCUGCUAAUCAAUACGAUUCCAAGGACUCGAUACAGACAGGGGAAGAUGCCACUGAUUGUAUUCUGACUGAUGCCUCCAAAAAGAUGUUUUUCCCCAGAAAUAUGCUUCCAAUGGCAGCGAGUGGCGUGUCUGCUUCCCAAUUUGAUUAUUUGAACAAUGAUAGCAAUAAAGUUGAACAACAGCCCUUUCAGGUCUAUGGUGAAAGACCAAUCUUGGCUAGUCCUGCUUUUGCCGCUGCAGUCGAAGAAUCAAACAAUAGCAGUGGGAAUAAGGUAUUGCCGAGCUCAACUUUGGUUUAUGCAGGGAAAGAAUCAAACAUUAGGAGUGUGGAUCCAGAGACUGCAAGCCCUGAUUUUGUUUCUUCAGCUGAAGAAAUAAACAAUAGCACUGGGGAUCAAAUGUUGGCAAGCCCUACUCUUGUUCCUACCACUGAAUUAUCAAACAGUAGUAGUGCUGUCAAUGAGUUAUUUUACAAUAGCAAGGUGGAAAGCUGUAGUAUCACUUUCGAUUUUGACUCUUUAGAACCUUCAGCUAGUGGCAGACUGGAGGGUCUUGAAAAUGGUGACAGUGAAUGUCAUGAAACUCAAAAGACGUCAAAGGUUGAAAACGGCUUUUCUGAUGCUCAUACAGUUUCAAGGCGACAUCAACAUGCUCUAGGAGAGACAAGUUUUUCUGCAGUAGGCCGUGGAGAGGAAAGUUUCUCUGCAGUGGGUACUCUAUCGAGUCUUAUAAAUUACUCUGGUCCAAUGGGAUAUUCUGGUAGUAUCUCUCUGCGGUCAGAUAGCAGCACAACCAGCACACGAUCCUUUGCCUUUCCCGUAUUACAGUCUGAAUGGAAUAGCAGUCCAGUUAGAAUGGCAAAAGCUGACCGGAGGCAUUUUCGGAAGCAUAGAAGUUGGAGGCAGGGCCUUCUUUGCUGUAAAUUCUGAGUGAGUCUUUUCUAUGCAUAGGGUUAGGAUCUGAUUUUAUACCUCACAAAAAAAAUCUUAAUUUAUUGAAUAUGAAAAAUAUAUACAUCCUGUUCUCUCUUGUGGUGUCUACAUGUGAAGUAGGGUCUUACUGUAAUGCAGGCAAGUUGAUCAGGUGUAGCAAUGUCUUUAUAAUUUUCUGCUUAUCUGCACCUAUAUAGAAGCAAGUCGUCAUUUUUA